CUACCACCUCGAGUUGCGGCACCCCAUCAUCAUCAUCACCAUCACCGGGGGCCUAAGGUUUUAUGCUAUCGCUCGCCGCUGCGUACCGUCACUCACGAUCGAGGUGCGACAGUGUACGGUUCAAGUAACAGGAAGCACGCGAACACAUCACCACACCCCCGGUUAAGACGACACCACACACACUCACUACCCGUCCUCCUACUGCGGCAGAAGUCCUUUUCGGUUUUUCGGCGUGUUUGAAAGUCGUUCAGUGGCGGCACGUGUGCGUCGGUGCUUUUCAAGGGUGCUGCGAAUUAGCGAAGCAGUUCGGGCUCGAAUUCUUCAAAAAACAUCACGGACUAUUGACACGGGGAAAAGUGAUUUAAUUUGCCGUUAGGUGCCACACAAACUCGGUUGGGAGGGCUUGGAAAGAUGAGCAAAUUUAGCUACCUUCAAAACGGCAAAGCAUCGACGAACGGUGCGCUACACGCGAACGGGCACCAUCAGCAGCACCAGAACGGGCAUUCGAAUGGGGUGGCCCGGAAUGGUGGUACUGCCACGGACACGCUGCCGGUAGCUUACCAGCAGAAGGCGGCCACGAGCGGCCCGUUCCAUAUGCCCCGCACCGAGCACGUUGGGUACACGUACGACACGCUGCAGGAAAUUGCCACCUAUCUCCUGGAGCGCACCGAGCUACGCCCGAAGGUUGGCAUCAUCUGCGGGUCCGGCCUGGGCACGCUGGCCGAGCAGCUGACCGAUGUGGACAGCUUCGACUACGAGACGAUCCCGCACUUUCCCGUCUCGACCGUGGCCGGCCAUGUCGGACGGCUGGUGUUCGGGUACCUUGCCGGCGUGCCGGUCAUGUGCAUGCAGGGCCGCUUCCACCACUACGAAGGCUAUCCGCUGGCAAAGUGCGCAAUGCCGGUGCGUGUGAUGCAUCUGAUCGGCUGCACACACCUGAUCGCUACGAAUGCGGCCGGCGGCGCCAACCCCAAGUACCGGGUCGGCGACAUCAUGCUGAUCAAGGAUCACAUCAAUCUGAUGGGCUUUGCCGGGAACAAUCCGCUCCAGGGGCCGAACGAUGAGCGGUUCGGGCCGCGGUUCUUCGGCAUGGCCAACACGUACGAUCCGAAGCUGAACCAGCAGGCGAAGGUGAUCGCGCGCCAGAUCGGCAUCGAGAAUGAGCUGCGCGAGGGCGUCUACACCUGUCUCGGUGGGCCGAACUUCGAGACGGUGGCCGAGGUGAAGAUGCUGUCGAUGCUCGGCGUGGACGCGAUCGGCAUGUCGACCGUGCACGAGAUCAUUACGGCCCGGCACUGCGGCAUGACCUGCUUCGCCUUCAGCCUGAUCACCAACAUGUGCACGAUGAGCUAUGAGGAGGAGGAGGAGCACUGCCACGACAGUAUCGUCGGUGUGGGCAAGAACCGGGAGAAGACGCUCGGCGAGUUUGUCAGCCGCAUCGUCAAGCACAUCCACUACGAGGCGAAGAAGUAGGGUGGGGAGAAGCGAAUUUUGAUGGAAAGUUGAGGAAGCACCUGGUAAGGGUUGAUCCCAUAGCUCAGACCAAGCGCACCGAUGCGCCACUUUUAAUUAGGUAAAAUCGACUAUUUAGCUAGACAUUAGGUAAGCGGUAAGCGUAAUUGUAACCAUUUAGUAUAGAUAGGUAUGAUUUUUGUUAACAAUCUUAUAAGUGCUUUUUAGAGUGAUUUAAACGACACAGCAAAUCCUUUUACAUUCGCGUGUGAAUU